GUUUCCAGCACACGGUGCUGGUGUGGUUUCCCUGCUUUUAUCUGUGGCUCUCAGCGCCCUUCUACUUCUUGUUCCUAAAAUUCCAAGACCAUGGACGCAUAUCCCUGUCCAGCCUCUGCUGCGCCAAGAUGGUUCUGGGGCUGUGUCUGGCGUCCUUUGGCUUCCUGGAGGUGUUCUACCUGCUGGCCCAGAGGAGCUCCGAGCUGGAGCACCACAUGGUGUUCCUCCUCAGUCCCAUCAUCCGUGGCCUCACCAUGGUGUUGGCGAUCACGGUCAUACAGGUGGAGCGUUUGAGAGGCUGCCGUUCGUCCGUCUUCCUCUUCCUGUUCUGGACCAUGGCGGUGGUGUGCUCCAUCAUCCCUCUCAGGGCCAACAUCCAGACCAUCAUGGAGGAGGGCUUCUCCACCAAUGCCAUGCGCUUCGUGGCUUUCUUCGUCUACUUCUCCCUGCAACUGGCUCAGAUGAUCCUGAGCUGUUUCGCUGACCAGCGUCCACGGACCAGAAAGCCCAUUUUUGUCAAGAACCCUUGCCCAGAGGAGGACGCCUCGUUCUUGUCAAGAUUACUGUUCUGGUGGUACAGUGGGUUAAUGGUAAAGGGCUAUCGCUCACCACUGAAAGCCGAGGACCUGUGGCCUCUCCGGGAGAAGGACACGUCGGACAAGAUCAUUGCUGACCUGGAGGACGAGUGGGCCAAGCAGUGUGCCAAGCUCCAACAGCAGGAGAAGACUCUGAACGCCGCUCAGGCCGUGGGCUACAAACUCACCGAGCAGACGCAGCUCCUCAGAAAACUCCGGAAGGAACAGAGCUCUGGGUUCUGCCUGCUGCGCAUGCUGGCACGGAACGUCGGGCCGUGCUUUCUGGCCGGAACUCUCUGUCUGGUCAUCCACGACGCCUUCAUGUUCUCCGUUCCGCAGGUGCUGAGCCUGCUCCUGGGGUUUGUGAGGGAUGAAGACGCCCCCUUGUGGAAGGGCUACCUCUUCGCCUUCCUGAUGUUCCUGCUCUCCUGCAUGCAGUCCCUGUUCAACCACCAGUACAUGUACACCUGCUUCACCGUGGGCAUGAGGGUCAAGACCGCCGUCAUGGGCCUCAUCUACAGGAAGUGCCUGGUGAUCAACAGUGCCGCUCGCAGGACGUGUACAGUGGGGGAGAUCGUAAACCUGGUGUCAGCUGACACACAGAAGCUCAUGGACUUUGUGGUGUACUUCAACGCAGUUUGGGUGGCUCCCAUUGAGAUUGCUUUAUGCCUCUUCUUUCUUUGGCAGCGCCUAGGGCCGUCAGCUUUGGCUGGCAUCGCCACGGUAAUCCUGAUCUUCCCCCUCAAUGGCUUCAUCGCCAAGAUGCGGAGCAAAUUACAGGUCCAGAUGAAGUACAUGGACGGCCGGAUCAGGCUGAUGAACGAGAUUCUGGGCGGGAUAAAGAUCCUCAAGUUCUACGCCUGGGAGAAGGCCUUUCUGGAGCGUGUGAUUGGCUACCGAGAGAACGAGCUCAAGGCUCUGAAGAAAUCUCAGAUCCUGUACUCCAUCUCGUUCGCCUCCUUCAACGCCUCCUCCUUCCUGAUUGCCUUUGCCAUGUUUGGAGUCUAUGUGCUAAUUGAUGAGCGGAAUGUUCUGGAUGCACAGAAGGUCUUCGUUUCCAUGGCGCUGAUUAACAUUCUGAAGACCCCCCUGAGCCAGCUGCCUUUUGCUAUGAGCACCACCAUGCAGGCGGUUGUGUCACUGAAGCGGUUGGGGAAAUUUCUCUGUCAAGAUGAGCUGAAACUGGACAGUGUAGAGAAAGCUCCCUUCAGCCCUGAUGGCGACGGGGUGACCAUAGAGAAUGGGACUUUCAGCUGGGCCAAAGAUGGCCCUCCGUGCCUGAGGAGGAUAAAUGUGCGGGUGCCGCGUGGAUCGCUGGUGGCCGUCGUAGGGCAUGUGGGGAGCGGGAAGUCGUCCUUGCUGUCAGCCAUGCUGGGAGAGACCGAGCGGAGGAAAGGCCACGUCACUGUGAAGGGCUCAGUGGCCUAUGUGCCACAGCAAGCCUGGAUCCAGAACGCCACCCUGCGAGACAACAUCGUCUUUGGGCAGGAGAAGAAGGACAUGUGGUACCAGCGGGUGAUUGAGGCCUGCGCCCUGCUGCCCGACCUGGAGAUCCUGCCUGGAGGAGAUGCCACCGAGAUCGGGGAGAAGGGUUUGAACCUGUCAGGAGGGCAGAAGCAGCGGGUCAGCCUGGCUCGCGCCGUCUACAGGCGGGCUGACGUCUACCUGCUCGAUGACCCUCUGUCUGCAGUCGACGCCCACGUGGGUCAGCACAUCUUUGACCGCGUCGUUGGCCCUAGAGGAGUGCUGAAGAACAAGACACGUGUUUUGGUGACCCAUGGGCUGAGCUUCCUGCCCCAGGUUGACCUCAUCCUCGUGAUGGUGGACGGCGAAAUCACAGAGGCGGGCUCGUUCCCCGAGCUGAUCGCGAGGAAGGGCGCAUUCGCCGAGUUCAUCAAAGCCUUCGCCAUCAGCGAGCGCAGAGAGAGCAGCACUCAUAAAGGCACCAGGAAGUCGGUGUCACGUCUGAGCAUGACUGACUUCUCAAUAGACCUGUCUCAAGAGCAGCUCAUCAGCGGAGACAUGGGCAGCGCCAGUCUCCAAAACAUGGAGGCCAUCCCUGACAGCGAGCAGGAGCAGGAGCAGGAGGAGCUGGGCAAACUCACCGAGGCUGACAAGGCCCACACUGGAAGGGUGAAGCUGGAGAUGUACGUGGAGUACUUCAAGACUGUGGGUCUACGGCUCACCAUCCCCAUCCUCCUCCUCUACGUCUUCCAGCAAGCGGCCUCUCUGGGCUACAACUACUGGCUCAGCGUGUGGGCCGAUGACCCCAUCAUCAACGGCACACAGCAUGACACCGACCUGAAGCUCAGCGUGUUUGGGGCACUGGGAUUCGCACAGGGAACGGCCAUUUUUGGGACCACGGUGGCCAUCUCUCUGGGAGGAAUCAUCGCGGCGCGCCACCUGCACUUGGACCUGCUGAACAACGUGCUGCGCUCCCCCAUGUCCUUCUUCGAGUGCACGCCCAGCGGCAACCUGCUCAACCGCUUCUCCAAGGAGAUCGACGCCAUCGACUGCAUGAUUCCCGACGGCCUGCGCAUGAUGCUGGGCUACGUCUUCAAGCUGCUGGAGAGCUUCUACGUGGCCACGUCCUGCCAGCUCCGUCGUCUGGAGUCAGUGAGUCGCUCGCCCAUCUACACCCACUUCAACGAGACGGUGCAGGGAGCCAGCGUGAUCCGGGCGUUUGGCGAGCAGCCGCGCUUCAUCCUGCAGGCCGACAGUCGAGUGGACCACAAUCAGACCUCUUACUUCCCCAGAUUCGUGGCCACCAGGUGGCUGGCGGUGAACCUGGAGUUCCUUGGCAACCUGCUGGUCCUUGCGGCGGCCAUUCUCUCAGUUUGGGGAAGGGCGACCCUGAGUCCCGGGAUCGUGGGUUUGGCUGUGUCCCAUUCCCUUCAGGUCACUGGAAUCCUGAGUUGGAUUGUGCGCUCUUGGACAGACGUGGAAAAUAAUAUUGUUUCAGUGGAGAGAGUGAAAGAAUAUGCUGAGACACCAAAAGAGGCUCCCUGGCAGCUGGAGAACAGUCCUAUGCCCACCAACUGGCCAAGAACGGGCACCAUUGAGUUUCGGGAAUACGGCCUGCAAUACCGCAAAGGUCUGGACUGGGCUCUCAAGGAGAUCACUAUCCUCAUCAAAGAGAGAGAGAAGGUUGGCAUUGUUGGAAGGACUGGAGCAGGAAAAUCUUCCCUUACCCAGGGGAUCUUCCGCAUUCUGGAGGCAGCCAAGGGAGAGAUCCACAUUGAUGGCAUCAACAUUGCGGAGAUGGGCCUCCACGAGCUGCGGUCCCGUAUCACCAUCAUUCCACAGGACCCAGUGCUGUUCUCCGGCACUCUCCGUAUGAACCUGGACCCGUUUGAUGGCUACUCUGACGAGGAGGUGUGGAGAUCUCUGGAGCUCGCCCACCUGAAGAACUUCGUCUCUGGUCUGCCGGACAAACUUUACCACGAAUGUUCCGAAGGUGGCGAAAACCUCAGUUUGGGCCAGCGACAGCUGGUCUGCCUGGCUCGCGCUCUCCUCCGCAAGACCAAGAUCCUGGUUCUGGACGAGGCCACAGCGGCGGUGGACGUGGAGACGGACAACCUGAUCCAGUCCACCAUCCGCACCCAGUUUGAGGACUGCACCGUGCUGACCAUCGCCCACAGGCUCAACACCAUCAUGGACUACACCAGGGUGAUUGUCAUGGAGCGAGGGUAUGUGGUGGAGAUGGACUCCCCGUCGAACCUCAUCAGCCAGCGCGGGCAGUUCUACAGGAUGUGCCGCGAGGCUGGGCUGGUGUGAGGCUCUCCCGCCGGGUGGGGAGAAUCUACAGCAGGGCCGUGUGUUCCUUCCUGCCUCCAGAUGGCCGCCGUGACCGGUGCACGCCAUUCUAAAACACAAGCAUACUGAUGACUCCACAAACAAGCAAACAAACACAAGCUAAAAAAAACCAUCACUAUGUACUUUCCAGCAAUAGCCAGCAGGACAACCAAAAGAGGUCAGAACUCUGGAAAAACCUUUGACCUCUGUGGUUUUAUCGAGACUGGUGUUGAGGUCACAGGUGUGACCCCUUUGAAGCUUUUCUGAGGUGCGCUAUCCCCCAUCUUGCCCCCUUGACCUCAGAGGGGGUUGUGGGAUCUCCACGAGAGAGCAGGUACCCAAAAGGGAACUCAUUGAAAUGACUGUGGCAGAUAAUCAGGGGGCACACGCACACCAGCGGCGCUGGAGAGAGUAAAGGCCAACGCCCACAAGCGGGGGGGUCUGACGCACGUCAAGUGACGGCAAAGUUUAGAAUUCCAUUACUUUUAUCGGAGCAAAGCCAAAUGGGAGGCGUCUGACGCACGUCGAAGCCAAAGUUUUGAAAAAUGUUCUAUCUCUUGACUAUCAAAUUUAUCGACGCGAACGUUGCUACCAGUGGCCGUUGGCCUUCAGCGUUUAUCAGGGACAACGUAAUUUGAAGUUAUUUCAUAAUGUGAAAAAUUGAACAGGACUGAUUCUGUUGUAUUUGUUCGCUAAGCUUUAAACAUCGAAUCAAAACUGAUGUUUGUCAACAUUUUUGAGUGCAAGCAUGUUAGAGAAAAGGGAAUAUUUACUAGUAACUGAAAUACAUUGACAUGUAAAAAUCCAUAGGAAGAAAAGAAUCAUUGUGUGGGAAUUUUUUGUUAAAAAAACCUCAGACACUAUACAGAAGAUAUAUAAGGUUCUCUUAAGUGUUUGUCAGUUGUUAACAGCCUCAUGACGAGCUUUGCCUUCUUAUCUGAAUCUACAACUUAUGGACACCACUGGACAAAGGUGCAUUUAAAAGGUUUUGUUUUAAAAUGUUGGCUACUACAGUCAAAUAUCUACAGUCAAAAUUUGUAUUCACAUGAAAUGACAUUCUGCUUCUGUGUUGGCUUUUGUCUUACAAACAUAUACCAUAUAACUGAUACAAAUGACCACAUACAUAUACUUCACUGUAAUAGGCUACAGUUGGAGAGGGUUGGAUAUUACAUUAUUUAGCUAUUUUCUCAGACUGGUAUAGUUUUUUUUAUGUCUUGUCUUUGAAAACAAAAACCGCAGUCAAACAAUGAAAAGGAUGAAAAUGUGGCAAUGCCAAACUGGUACUUUUAUCCAUGUGCAGUGCCACUUCCCUAGAAUGCAAUACUCACUAUACUAUUAUGUGCAUCAUUUUGUACUAUACCAUAGAUGUAUUUUUGUAUAUUUUUAACAUGUUACCCAUGGAUAAAUAUUUACAUGUCAUGUAAGUCUUAAGAAACUUGAAUUUUAAAAUUCUCAUGUUGUACAGAAUACUGUUGACAAUGUGUACAGGCUUAUAAGAAAUGUUUGCUUCUGAAAUGCCUCGAGUAAAUGAAUAAAACGUUAACA